UAAUAAUAAUGUAUAUCAAAUUUUUAUGACCUUAUUUAUUGACCUUUAAAGUUAAAUAAGUAUAUAUAGUCAAUAGUAAAUACUAUGUGCGCGUGCGUGAAGCAUACUGUCAAAUUGUGUUUGGCGCGCUGAUAAGGACAAGCUCUUUGAUCACAAUGGAACAAUUUUUUUUAGUCGCUCGAGAGAUAUCGCACAUUCGUCACGUAUUAGAUUGUAUUAUAUAUCUCUUUACACGCAACGAAAAUGUCUAGUGAUGAUUUGAUUUGUAGUAAAAAAAUGGCCCGACAAAAUGGCAUUGUGCAACCUUUACUCACUGAUCUGUACCAGAUAACCAUGGCAUAUGCUUACUGGAAGUCUGGUAAAGUGAAUGAUGUUGCAGUCUUUGACUUAUUUUUUCGUACAAAUCCCUUUCAAGGUGAAUUUACAAUUUUUGCUGGACUCGAAGAGUGUCUUAAAUUCUUAGAAAAUUUUCAUUAUUCUGAUAGUGAUAUAGAAUAUUUAACUCAGACAUUGCCAGAUAACAUAGAACCAGAGUUUUUUGCAUAUUUAAAAGAUCUAACAUGCAAGGAUAUCAAACUGAGCGCAAUUGAAGAAGGAUCUGUUGUAUUUCCAAGAGUACCAUUGUUGCGAGUUGAAGGACCGUUGAUAACCGCGCAGUUACUAGAGACAACUCUUUUGACCCUGGUUAACUUUGCAAGUUUGAUGGCCACAAAUGCUGCACGUUAUCGCAUGGUGGCUGGAAAACAUGUCUCUUUACUGGAGUUCGGAUUGCGCCGUGCUCAAGGACCGGACGGUGGAUUAUCGGCCUCGAAAUACGCAUACAUAGGUGGGUUUGACGGUACAAGCAACGUGUUAGCUGGAAAAAUGUUCAACAUACCAGUGAAGGGAACCCACGCGCAUUCUUUUGUGACGUCGUUCAGCACGUUAGACGAUGUCAGCUCCGUAGCUCUGAAACACGCGCAGACACAGGAGCCGUGCAACUUGCUAGAGCUGGCAUCGGAGUGGCGCAAGAAAGUUUCCUCCGUCAUAGACAUAUCUCCAGAAGAGGCGAGCGACGGCGAGUUGGCUGCACUAAUAUCAUAUGCCAUAGCAUUCCCGUCAGGUUUCAUGGCUCUAGUGGAUACGUACGAUGUCAAGAGGUAUAAUUUUCAAGGCUUACCAUCACGACACAGGCAGCGUAUCAAUGGGCAUACUGGCUACAAUAGCAACUGUGGAACCAAUGGGUCUAGAGUACAAAUAUCACCGAGUAUACAUAGUACAUAUGGAUAUAGCACGGUCGAACGCACACUGAGGAGUGGUUUGCUGAACUUCUGCGCGGUGGCUUUAGCAUUAAACGACUGUGGCUAUAGGGCGUUGGGUAUACGUAUAGACAGUGGAGACUUGGCGUAUCUGUCAGUGCUGGCUAGAGCGACAUUUGAACAGAUUGCCGACGCAUUCGAAUUACCUUGGUUCUGUAAACUGACCAUUGUCGCCUCCAAUGACAUCAACGAAGAAACCAUUUUAAGUCUAAACGAACAAGGUCACAAGAUCGACAGCUUCGGAAUUGGAACACAUUUAGUGACAUGUCAACGCCAGCCCGCCUUGGGAUGUGUUUAUAAAUUAGUAGAAAUAAACAGUCAGCCACGCAUCAAGUUGAGUCAAGACGUUGGAAAAGUGACCAUUCCAGGACAUAAAGAGGCUUACAGAUUAUUCGGAGCGGACGGGCAUGCCCUCAUCGAUCUACUACAGAGAUCAUCGGAACCCGCACCAGAGGUUGGCCAGAAAGUGCUUUGCCGGCAUCCAUUCCAAGAAUCCAAGAGGGCUUACGUCAUUCCUAGUAAAGUGGAACAUUUGUAUAAGGUGUAUUGGCAAGAUGGUCGUGUAUGUAUAAAACCAAAGCCGUUGUUAGAGGUACGAGAAAGAGUGCAGUCGUCAUUGCGCACUCUUCGACAAGACAUUAAAAGGAGUUUGAACCCUACGCCAUAUAAGGUGGCAGUUAGUGAUGAUCUGUAUAAUUUCAUACACGAUUUGUGGCUGCAAAACGCACCCAUUGGUGAAUUAUCGUGAAAGUUAAAAUAUUCACUAUUAAUAAUUUGAAUACUGUUUGAAUAA